GGGGAUAUGAAGAAUAAUUUGGAUAUUUUCGAAACGACUGAAUCAUGUUCAGCAGUCACUGGGUUGCUGAAGUAUACGACAAGAUUUUUAGCAAUUGCUCCACCAAUUUUACCAGCUAAAAUUUUAUAAAUAAUACAGAUUGCUCGAACUAUCAAAGCAGAUUUCCCUUUCUGCGGAAACCGCACUUCCCGUGCGAUUCGUCACUAUGUAGAUUGCCUACCACAGAGGUGAAUGAUUCAGUUUCAGGAAUCCCCCUAUUCAAACUGGGCGAAAUAAAAAAAAUCCGAAACAGCCUCAUUUAAUGAUCAUACUGGUGCCCUACGAAUCCCGCCACGUUGAAAAAUACCACAAAUGGAUGAGCAACGAUACUUUGAGGCAGUUGACCGCUUCAGAGGAAUUGACUUUGGACGAGGAAUACGAAAUGCAGAAAAGUUGGCGCGAGGACAGCGACAAACUGACUUUUAUAAUACUGGAUGCUGACAUCUAUGCUCGUGAUCAUGACGAAAUAUUAGCCAUGGUGGGUGACACGAAUCUCUUCCUUCGCCCAGAUCCGGAUCUGAAUGAUCGCCAGGUGGCGGAGGCGGAGAUUAUGAUUGCCGAACCGGAUGCGAGGGGCAAGGGAUUCGGUCGGGAAGCCAUGCUCAUCAUGCUGAAAUACGCACAAUCCCAGUCACAGCUGAAAUUGGACAAAUUCGAAGUCAAGAUCGACAUGGACAACACCAUUUCCCUGCAUUUAUUCGAAACUUUUAAAUUUGUGGAAACGAGUAGGGUAGAAGUUUUUCACGAGGUCACCUUGGAACGCCAAAUUACCCCAGAUUGGAUCAGUUGGCUGGACCAACAGGUUCAGCUACAAAUCGAAAGCUACUAGAUUUCAAUAUGCAUUUAAAUAUAUAACCAAAUUAUUUUUAACUAUAAA